CGCUCGAGUCAAGCAAGGGUUGACCACACGCCACACGCCCGAGAUGUCAUCGUCUGACCGCCUCUGUCCGGUCUGCUCAUCUUACGUCCCGUCGGACGUCUCGAUGGAGGUUCAUGUCAACUCGUGCCUCGACUCGUCAUCACGCCGCCAGAGUGCGCCGCCGGCCGCCGCCACAGUGCCAAAGACGGCUGCUCCGGUCACUGCCGCGCGCACCCGUACCACGGUUCGCGGGACCAAGCUCGCCAAGCCGGCGACGUAUGGCGGCAAGAAGAAGCUGACAACGCGUGAGAAGAAGGCUCGCGAAAAGUUUGUCAAGAGCUUUGCCCGCGAGACAGGUAAUCGCACCUGCUUUGACUGCUCCGCGCCGAACCCCAUCUACCUCGUCUUCCCCUUUGCCGUCUUUGUCUGCACCAACUGCUCCUCGCUCCAUCGCCAGCUCCAGCACCGGGUCAAGGGCGUCUCCAUGUCCACCUUUUCCGACACCGAGAUCGACCAGCUCCAUGCCGGCGGUAACGACAUGGCCCGUGCCACCUACCUUGCCAACUACACCCAGAGCCUGCCCGACUCCAAGACCCCGCCUGCCCGUGUCAAGGCCUUUAUCACAGAGGUCUUUGACCGCAAGCGCUUCUACGCUCCGCCGCCCGCAGAUGACGAGCUCGAGCGCGCAGAGGCCGAGGCUCGCGCCCAGGCCGAGGCCCAGGCCCGCGCUCAAGCUGAGGCUCAGGCCCGCGCCCAGGCUCAGGCUCAGGCUCAGGCCCAGGCUCAGGCCGAUGCUCAGGCCCAGGCCCAGGCCCAGGCUCAGGCUCAGGCCCAGGCUCAGGCCCAGGCCCAGGCCCAGACUGCCGCCCCUGCCGCCGCCGCUCCGGCUGCCGCUCCUGCUCCCGCUCCCGCUCCCGCGUCAUCGUCGUCGUGGAUGGACGCUUUCUCCGCGCCUGCCGAGCCCGCACCCGAGCAAAAGCCGACCAAGUCGUCGACGUCAGACAUCAUGGCGCUCUUUGCGGCCUCGCCACCGGCUACCGCCGCAGCCCCUGCAGGCUUCGGCGGCGCGCCGUUUGGUGCCCCUGCUGCCUCUGCCGGGUUUGCCGCCUUUGGCGCGCCGGCCGCUGCACCGGCCGCUGCUCCGACCGCAGGUGGCCAGAUGGCCUCACUCGCCUCGGCCUUCUCUGGCAUGUCCACCGGAGCUGCGGCGCCGGCACCGCAGGCGGCUCACGGCUUUGCAGGCUUUGGCGCCGCGCCAGCUCCCGCUCCCGCCCCGGCGCCCACGCCCGCGCCGGCGCCCGCUGCCCAAGCCAUGCCCGCCAUCCCGCCGCUCCAGCCGCAGCAGCUCCGGCAAAUGAUGCUCUCUAUGGCCCAGGCCAACGGCCUCGACCCCACCCGCAUGACGCAACAGCAGGUCCAGAUGCUCCAGCAGAUGGUUGUCCAGCAGUACCAGCUGGCGAUGAGCCAGCAGAUGCUCAUGCAGCAGCAGCAGCAGCAGCAGCAGCAGCAGCAGCAGGGCUUUGGCGGCGCCGCCGGCUUUGGCGCUGGUGGCUUUGGUGGUCAGCAGCAGCAGCAGCAGCAGCAGCAGCAUCAGCAGCAGCAGGGCUUCGGCGGCACCGCCGGCUUUGGUGCUGCCGGCUUUGGUGGUCAGCAACAGCAGCAGGCCGCCGAGCCGCCAGUUCCCACUGGCCCGCCGCCGCCGGAUCCGUUCGACGGCCUCGUCUCUUUCGACGCGCCCCCCGUCGACAAACCCGUUCUUUGA